AUUUCGUCCAUGAAAGUUUUUUUUUAAAUAAUUAAAGGUUGCGGAUGGUGUCUUGGCAAGUGCUGGAUAAUGGACUGGAGACGGACGUGACGUUCGAAGCGGAGGAUGAGGAGGCAUGGAGAGACUUUCAGAAGAAAGGACUUGGUGUUGCAGCGUUGAGCACGUUGCCGGUGUUGUCGGAAGCGAUCGAAAAAGUGCCUAAAGCGCCGGCUCUUAAUGGAGAUGACACAUUGGCUCCUAAGAGGAGGCGCCACUUGUCACUGCCCGAAACAUAUUACGCAGCGAUCCACGGUGCUCUCCCGAUUGACGAACCGUUGCGAGAAUUAUGGGAGCGGUUCAAGAGCUCCAGUGUGACUUUUGCGAGAAACUUCAUCGUUUACCAACAUUUCCGACGCUUCGGUUGGGUUCCCAAAUCCGGACUGAACUACGGAGCGCACUUCGUAUUAUAUCGAGGCUCAGCCACGGACUACCAUUCAGAAUACAUUGUAUACGUGCAAGACGAGGACGAAUCUUCGUCUUGGAACACCAUUCAGUCGCUCACCAGGAUAGCGGCAGAUGUCAAGAAGACCGUGCUUCUGUGUACUGUGACGACUGCAACAACUGUCAGUGGAGAUAGCUCAACCGACCUCAUGUUCGGUGUAUACAACUUCCACGACGUCCAGUAUACAGUCGAAGGUGUUGCAAUUCGCUUUUGGGACCCAUCGAUAGCCGACAUACCGCAGUCCUACACGUUCCAACAACAACCACUGCUACCGAAGAAAGCCAAGAAUACAAAGAAGAAGAACAAAGCGAAACGACCAAAGCAUCAACCUUUUACAACAUGA